AGUAAGAAAAAUCAACCAAGAGUAUUAUUUUUGGUAUCUGGAAUUGAAUUUACCAGUGAAGCAAGCACAGCAACCUCAGUAAAGUCUUUGUCUUUGUAAACAUCUUACCCCUUGGCAGUUCUCUAGAGUUCAGACUUGGCAGCAUCAAGGACACAACGCAAGCAGUAUGAAAGAAAAAAAAAAAAACAAGUUGGUUGGAUAGGUCUCCUUCAUGCAGUCAUUAAUGAUCCAGGCUGUCAUAAGGUCUGCCAUCUUCAUCACAUCAUUUUCAAAGUUAUCCUGGAGGUCAUCUCCAUUUCAGCCAGAUAAAUGAGUAUGCAGAGGAAAUUUUUAUAGCAGGCAUUUUGGAGAUCAAAGAUGGGUAGAAAAGAUGCUUCUACUAUAAAACUUCCUGUUGAUCAGUACAGAAAGCAAAUUGGUAAACAGGAUUAUAAAAAAACCAAACCUAUUUUACGAGCAACCAAAUUAAAAGCAGAAGCAAAGAAAACAGCAAUAGGCAUAAAGGAAGUUGGCCUUGUACUUGCAGCUAUAUUGGCACUGCUACUGGCUUUCUAUGCUCUUUUUUAUCUCAGACUCUCCACGGAUGUUAACCCUGAUCUGGACCCAGAUGAAGAUUAGCUAAGCAGCAGUCAAUGAAUGAGAGGGAAAUAAUUUUAUAAAAGCACCUAUUGGGACCAAUAUUUUCAGUAAUGAAAGUGCAACAUAUUGAAUUCUUUCUGCUGGUGUUUUCAGUUUGCAUAAAUAUCUUUUUAAAUAGUUGCAGAGGAUAUCAAGGAAAGAACCUUCCCUAGAAAUGCAGUAUAAUAUAUGCUACCGGAUACUUUAAAAAAUCUUUUUGCUUUGAAAGACACCCUGUACAGGGUGCAUUUAGAUAAAAUGGAAAAUAGAUCCUAAAUUUUUCAAAUGUCUUUGCCAAUUUAUGUAUAAUUACAUAACUUACAGAUUACUAAUUCUAUUUUUGUUCUAUAUACAUCGUAAUUAAAAGUAUAUAUCCUCAUUUACAGAAACUCUCAAAUCACAUUCAGAACCUACGAAGGAACAAAAGUCAUGGGAAGUUUUUUAUUUUUCAAAGAAGCCCUGCUCUCUUUCCAGACGUAUUUUAUAUCAUUAGAGAGACUAUCUGCACAUACAUCUACAGUAAUCUUUUUCCAUCUUUGCCAACUGUUCAGUGCACAUGUGCUCCAUCAGAAAUGGCACCUGGAUGACAGAAGCUCAAAGAGUCACAUAUGUCUCUAAAAUAGAGUUCUUUUCCUCUUGGGCUGUCUGAGUUGGUGUAAAUAGAAAGUUCAGUUGAUCUUGAUUUUAAUUAACUUAUUGCUCUAUUAAUAUAAACUUGGAAUUCUAUUUUAAUUAUGUUGUUCUGGCUGCUUGUAGUAUCAGUUUGCCCCUCUUGUUAGGUAGAUAUGUAACAAUCUGUCAUUUAAUUGUGCAGUCUUUUUCACUUGACAGUAAUAGCAAGAGUCCUUCCUAUUCAGAAACAUCUUCUUGGGUUGUCUUCUAAAUAUGAACAAUAUAAAAUUGUUUUACAAAAUUACAUUGUAUCUCUUAAGAGUUAAUCAAUUUAGAAUUCUUUAGUGAAAAAUAAAUAAUAGAAGAAAACAUAUGCCUCAUAUUACUUUCAUAUGUAAUUAUCUGUUUAUAUAAUUUUUUUCAACGUAUUUUGCAUUUGUGGGAACAUAAUGACCAGUAUAUUCAAUAUUUUACUGAUAAUUAGAUUUUUACAUAUUUUUUAAAACACAUGAACACAUAAAGCUUAGAAAAUUGGAAACUACCUGUCCACAGAAGAGUUGCUAGUUACUGCCUUAUAUAAAUGCAUAUAAGAUGAAGUUUGAAAUAUGUGCACAAAGUGUUUUAUAUUACAUACAUUGUAUUAAUGAAGAAUAAAUAAAAUAUUAAGAUUGUUUUCAUACUGGCCAAGAGAAGAAAUCUUUGGUAAAUAUUCCAGGAAUAUGUAGGGCUUUCUAAGCACAGUUUCUAAAAGACAGAUAUUCUUUGGUACUUUUGCAAAAAGUUGAAUGUGACUGUGUAGCAUUAUGUUCUGCAGAAUUUUUUUCAAGUAGCAUAAUUUAUUUCAUCAGUGUGAAAACAGCCAAAGGUUCCAAUAUCCUCACAGAUCAUUUAUGCCAAACAUCUGAGGGCAAAAUUUAGCCAGUGUUAUUUACUGGAUUCUUCCCCUUGAACUCACAAAUGCAAGAGACAGACCAAGCGUUCUUAUAUACUUACCACAGCGGACCAAUCCAAGUGGCAUUUUUAGGAAAGGUUGCAGCAUUUAAUGCCAUGUGGUAUGUCUGUUCGUGAAGUGGGAGGCAAGGGAAUAUCCAAGCUGGCAUUUUGGAUAUGAUGGGCCUUUUACUUUCCUGAGUGACAUGCCACAUGUCAAGAAAUACUGCUUUUCCCCCCACUCCCAUCACAUUUACGUGAACAAUUUUCAUUUAGUUAUUUCCCCUCCCAUAUGGUGUUAAAAACAGUCAUAUUAAAUAAAGAUUAUUUCUAGUUUUCAGUGGUAAUUUAAAUGAGAGUAUAUGUAAUAAUUGCUUAUUAGAGACCUAUCCAAGUAAAAUAUAACAGAGUUUACAGUAUUUUAAAUAGAUGAUUAUGCUCCUGGAAAUAUUUGAAAAAUCAUCAUCCUGGAAAAAAAAACUUUACCAUUCUGUUUUACUCUUUUUUUUUUGAGGGAGAAAUGUUUCUGAUAGCAAUAAGUAUUAGUCUAAAUAUAAUAUAGUUAAGGCAAAUUUCUUUGUCUAGAUUUAUCAAUAUGAGUCUACAGCGAAUCCAUUUACUGUAUGGCUGAAAGACUUAUGAUGGUCCCAGAGAAUCAUAAAUCCCAAAAGCCAAACUCUCUGAUUUCAGUAAAUAGCAGGUAAAGUGACACAAUAUAUGUUUACACAAAACUGUUUUCGUGAAAUGCAAAUUUUGCAAAACUCACAUUAACUGGUAAGCAGCCAAUCCUCUGUAGAGAAAUCCCAGAUUGAAAGUCUGGUUUGAAUCUUUGAAGACAGAAAGGUGAUAUCCAGCCUGCUGUUUCAAGGGACCACACUUUUGAAUAGUGAGUGGUGUUUGACGUAAAUCUGAGACUGGCACCAGACACAAACUUUAGGCAUUUUCCCUCCAAUAAUUCACUGCUGAGUAGUUUAGAAGACAAAAACAGAAAAAGUUAUAAUGACUUUUCAAAAUGUCUAUUCGUUAACAUACUCUGCAAAAUAAAUUUCAACUAAUGCAGCAAACUUAAAAUAUGUCCUAUGGAAUACGGUGACUGAAGUUUGAAGGCUUCUGGUUCCUAUUUUGCAUGCAAGUGUAGACAGGGUAAAGAAUAUGUAAAUUAAUUGGAGAUGAGAUACAGCAUUGUAAAAAUAUAACCUCAUCUAGAAUUUUCCUUAAAACAAACAAAAGUCUAUUUUAGUAAAAAUAUAGGAUGGGUUGUUGUUUUAAGGUGGCAGAAUCCUGCAAGAUUUUCUGUCUUCAAUUUUUCAUAAAGACAAAAGAAACAAAUACUCUCACUCCAACCAAUGCGAUUGUGAGAUUCUGAGAGUAUGUUCUUAUUCAUUUCUGUAAUUUCAAUAGUGUAGUAAUCCGCACAUAAAUUUAAUAAGUGAACGUUAAAAUUUAAGUAAAUGUCUUUUAGUCCUCUGAGAGUCUAGCACAGUUCUUUAUGUAGGAUAGACAAUAAAAAUUGUUUCAAUUCAAUAAAACUUAAAACAAUAUUGAUCAACUCAGCAUUUAGCACUGUGGUUAUUGGUUGUAUUGUGACAUAUAUGUGAUCCAUCCUGAUUCUCUUUAAGAUCAAGACAAUUAACAUUAAGGCUGUUAUAGGAUAGAAAUACUGCUUUUUUCUUAGAAAUUAAAUAUGCUAUCUUUAUCUUAGUAUUUAUUAAAACUCACACUCAGUGUUUGAAAUCAACUUAACAUACAUCUGCACUCCAAAUGAAAAUAGAAAUAAAUUUUCAUUAUAAUGUUUAUGUGAAUACUAAAGCAUUGUAUUUUCUAGGUUCUAAAAUUGUAGUCAAUGAUGAUUCAGUAGAGCAAAUUGUGCUAUUUGUGAGCUUCAGAAAUAAAUGUCUAGAAAUUAAACUUA